UAAUAUGUUAAUCUCUAAACCCAUCUAGUUAUAAUGUACACAAAAUAUACAUAUAUUCAUAUAUAAUUUUUAUACACAAAAUUUAUAUGUAUAUAUACAUUAUUGUAGGGUCUUGCAAAAGUAUUUCACUGUAAUUAGCAGUAAAGGGCAGCACUCAGCGCAAGCCUGAAAGCACACAAAGGUGUGUGACAACUGAAGGAACUCUCAAACCAUCAAGACAUGGCAACAUUUCUAUGUCUUUGUCUGCUAUGUUAUAAAGGGCUGAUUCAAUUCAACAGAGGAGUAAUGCUCACAGGUCUAGUGAAAGUGUAACUAAUACAGACUCUGCUGAGGAGUUACCAUGCAUUACUAAUGAGAGACACGCAGCUAGAAAGUUGUAUGCAACCUUGCAAAGCUCCUGAAGCUGUAUGUAGCUACCAAGCUUGAUGUCUCUUUUUCUUUUCCUUUUUUUGCACUGCAUUAUUUUAAAUAAUGCAUCCAAUUAUCUAACUUUUAACAGAUUCAAACACGCUGUAGAAAUACAUAGUUCUAAGAUGCCAUCGUAAUCGAAACCAUUAAUUUGGAUAAAUUCCCUAUUACUAAGUUAUACUGAAAUGAACAUUGUGGGAAAGCUCAGUUUAAUGACACCAUGGAGUAUAUUCUUGCUUCAUUCACUGCUGUCCUCUUUGCAAGGAUCUUAUUGCAAGCUUUCGCUUUUGAGAAGAACGUCAAGAAAUGAGUUUAAUGCAACUCGACAGAAAAGAGAUCUUGUAACAGCCGAGAUUCAAGCUGCCUCUCCUCGGUUGCAUCUUCAUGGGACCUUGACACGGAGUCCACCAGGAGGUUCAUGUCCUCAGGAUUGCCUUAAUGGAGCAGCCUGCACAGAGGCAGGUGACUGUGACUGUCAGUUAUUUCAGGCUCAAGGAAGCAGGUGUCAAAUAGUACCUAACACUGGUAAGGACCGAGAUGGGAUUUGCAAGUCAUGGGGACAGUAUCAUUUUGAAACAUUUGAUGGUAUCUACUACUACUUCCCUGGAAAUUGCUCCUAUAUUUUUGCAAAAGACUGCAGUACUCCAGAACCCCAGUACACUGUUUGGGUUCAUAACAGUCCUCACUGUUAUGGUUCAGUAUAUACUUGUCAGAGGUCCAUCAGCUUAUUUUUUUCCAACCAAGAAAUAAUUAUUUCAGGACAUGAAGUAAGAAAAAGUGGAAUCAGAUUAAUGUUGCCACAGACAGUUGGAAAUGCUUUUCUUGAGAGACUGGCUGACUAUAUCCUGGUGAAGACCACCUUUGGUUUUUCUCUUGCUUGGGAUGGAAACUCUGGUGUUUAUAUUAAACUGACAGAAGAUCAUAAGGGAAAAACUUGUGGCCUCUGUGGAAAUUUUAAUGGCAAUAAAUAUGAUGACCUGAUACUGCAAAAUAGUGAAUAUACAGAAGACAUUUCUGAAUUUGCAAAUAGCUGGGCUGUGCAAACCUCAGAUGAUGCAGCUUGUGCACCUACUGCCUCAGAUUUUUCCAGUCCUUGCUCAGCUGAUGCAGAAUCCACUGAGGACAUAUUCUUCAAGUGCCAAAUAUUCCUACAGUUUCCUUUUCUCAGCUGUCAUGAAAGCAUAGAUCCGUAUUCUUAUAUUUCUAGCUGUAUGAAUGAUCUUUGCAGAGUGGAUGAUGAUGAAACAUACUGCAGGGCAGUGACAGAGUACGCUAGAGCAUGCUCUCACGCUGGGUCCCCAGUGCGGGACUGGAGGGAUGACUUUCCUGCCUGUACUGAGAAGUGUGAAGACAGUUUUGUACACCGUGACUGUAUCAGUUGUUGUCCACCAACCUGCACGUUUGAAAAAGAUUGUCUUGGCAGCAACCUACACUGCUUAGAUGGCUGUUACUGUCCAGAUGGUCUCAUUAUGGAAAAUGGAACUUGUAUCUCUGUGUCAAAUUGCCCUUGUAUUUAUCAUGGAACUGCCUUCCCUGUUGGCUCAAAAAUUGAACAAGAAUGUAGCAACUGUGUUUGUAUUGGUGGCAUUUGGAACUGCACUGAUCAUGAUUGCCCAGCCGAGUGCUCGAUCACAGGUAGCUCUCAUUUCACAACAUUUGAUGGGCGUCACUUCACCUUUCUUGGGAUUUGCCAGUACAUUUUGGUAAAAGGCACUGGGAGAAACAAAUUCACAGUCACUUUACAGAAAACACCUUGUGGACAGAACUUUGACCAUGCCUGCAUUGAGUCUGUAACACUAGUUCUUGAAGAUGAUGUGAGCAAACAAGUAACUCUCACAAGAUAUGGUCAAGUCCAAACUGGCCCUAACCAAGUUUUUAACCUUAAUGGGGCUGUUGAAAUUCAGAAUAUAUCUUCUGUCUUUGUUCAACUGAAAACUAGUUUUGGUUUGAAGAUACUGUUUGCUAAAGAUGGAGAAAGGAUCUAUGUUCAAGUUGAUGUCAGCUGGAAGAGAAGAACAUUAGGACUAUGUGGAACAUACAAUGGGAAUUUAAGAGAUGAUUUUCUUUCUCCAGCAGGGAUGAUAGAAGGGACCCCACAACUUCAUGCCAAUGCAUGGAAGGUUUCCUCAGCUUGUUCUGUGCCUAUCAAUAUUCCUGUUGUUGAUCCCUGCAAUGUUAAUCAGCAAAACGCUGAGUAUGCAUCUCACUGUGAUAUCAUCAAUCAAGAGGUUUUUGCUCCCUGCCAUGCUUACAUCAGUCCAGGAUUAUACUACCAGCUAUGCCGCUUUGACGCAUGCAAAUGCGGAAGCAGCUGUUUGUGUAAUGCUUUGGCGCACUAUGCUUAUGUCUGUGGCAAACAUGGGGUUGUUGUUGACUUCAGACCUCACAUUUCUUACUGUGCUGUGAUGUGUCACAGUGGUAUGCUUUAUCGUCAGUGCUCUUCUUUUUGUAAACAUUCCUGUGCUUCACUUUCUAUGGCAAAUAUGUGUGGCGAUGACUGUGCAGAAGGAUGUAAUUGUCCUGAUGGGAAGUAUUUUGAAGCGUCGGUCAACUUUUGUGUAUCAAUAUCUGCCUGUCAUUGUCAUUACAAGGGCAAAGCCCUCAAGCCUGGAGAAAUCUUCCCUACACCAACAGGUUCCUGUCAGUGUUUGAAUGGAACAGUGAAAUGCAUUGAAGCCACUACAGACAAUACAGUUCACAUAUGCCCUGAAGGAAAAAUCUACUAUGACUGCAGAUCUCCAGUGCCUGGAUUACCAGCGGCAGGUGUGAAUUGUGGGAUCUCUUGUGCGAACCUUGCAAUGAACUUCUCCUGUGUCCCCUCACCACCCUGUGCAAGUGGUUGCAUUUGUCCCCCUGGGAUGGCUGAGCAUAAAGGGAAGUGUUAUAUUCCUGACAGUUGUCCAUGCACCUGGAAAGAUAGGGAAUUUCUGUCAGGAGAAGUGAUAGCUACACCAUGUUACACCUGUGUUUGUCGGAGAGGGAUAUUCAAUUGCACUAGUUACCCCUGUCCUGCUGUAUGCACUAUUUAUGGUGAUCGACAUUAUUAUACCUUUGAUGGAUUGGAGUAUGAUUAUGUCAGUGACUGUCAAGCUUACCUGCUAAAGAGCACAGAUAACUCAAAUAUAUCUGUAAUUUCUCAGAACAAAAAGUGCUUUGACAAUGAUAUUGUUUGCUCAAAGAAUAUUUUCAUCACGGUUGGAGACACUGAGAUUUAUUUUAGUGAACCUUCUGAGAAGCAGAAGACCUUAAGGGGACAGGAAAACAAAUCUAACUAUCAGCUCUGGAAGGCUGGAUAUUAUACUGUGAUACACUUUCCAGAACAGGACAUUACAAUUCUGUGGGAUAGGAAGACAAUGAUGCAUGUUAAAGUUGGACCUCGAUGGAAGGGUAAACUGGCAGGUUUGUGUGGAAAUUUUGACAAAUACACUUCAAAUGAUCUGACUACAUCAAACAACAUGGAAGUAAGAAAUGCACAGGUAUUUGGAGACAGCUGGGUAUUAGGACAGUGCAAGAGCCCAAAUGAAACACUAAGACCGUGUGAGGUACAUCAGAGCAAGUUCCCUUAUGCCAAAAAGGAAUGCUCCAUUUUAUACAGUGAUGUUUUUGCACCUUGUCGCAAUGUGAUUGAUGUAACUUCUUUUGUGAAAAAUUGUCACACAGAUACAUGCAACUGCAAUCUUGGUGGGGACUGCGAGUGCUUGUGUACCAGUAUUGCAGCUUAUGCCCACAAGUGCUGCCAGCAAGGAGCAGUGGUUCACUGGCGAUCUCCUUCGCUCUGUGCUUAUGACUGUGAAUAUUACAAUCAAGGUCUUGGUGAAGGACCCUAUAUUUUGGCAAGUUAUGGAGAGAACGACACAAUUAUAGGAGCCAAUGUGUCCAGUAGAAGGAUAUUUCCUCUGCCUAGAACUGGAGCAUAUGAAAAUGUAUUUUUCAGUUUCAUGAUUACUCCAGGUCUUUUCAAAGAUAAAGAUUUAUCUCUCUCUCUUGUUUCCCUUGAAUCUGCUGAAAGACCAAACUACUUUCUGUACGUACACGACAAUGAAACCGUUGGGUUGGAACAGUGGCAGGCAAGUGCCUCCUUUCGGAGACAGGCCACCUUCUUCCGCCACCAAGGUCUCUGGAGUCCAGGGCUCAGUGCCUUCGAACUGCACAGUAAAAAAGGCUUUUUCAUCAUUCUUACCUCAUCUGGUGUUAAAGUGGCAAAGUAUGAUGAUUCAGAAGAAUUCAAACGUUUGAGUAGCUUUAGUAUUGAAGAACUCAGUGCGUCUGUGCCUUAUAGAAGAAUGUGUGAAUGGCGAUACGAAUCCUGUGCUAACCCUUGUGUUAAAACAUGCAGUGAUCCUGAAGGAAUAGCAUGUAAAUUCCUUCCUCCGGUUGAAGGAUGCUUGCCAUACUGUCCCAAAAACAUGAUCCUUGAUGAGGUCACACUUAAAUGUGUCUAUCCAGAAGACUGCAUACCUGUAACACCUACAGAAUCAGCAAUUGGAACAAAACCUUCAUUGUUAAUCUCUCACACGGGUGCUACCAUGGAGAGAUUUCCUCAGACACCUCCUUUAUUUGUUACUUCAGGGACUGAGUCAACUCAUACUGGUGUGACAGACAAAAUAACCAUGAAGGCAAACACAACUUUAAGGGGAAUGAAUAUAUCAGCAGAGGCCAUUACAGACUUUCAUUCAUUGGAAGCAUCUAAUGCUGCCACCUAUUCAACAUUUUCAUUACCAAGUACAGUGGAGCCUUCUGAUGUACUUCACAGCACAGCCAGCCCUACUGUCCUUUCCAAACUCAUCUCUUCAACAGAUUUUCCAACUGCUCUUCAAGCACCAGCAGUCACAUCACAUACUGUCAGUUCUACUGCAUCUGUAACUUUACCCAUUACAAUAGCAACUAAACCAACCGUGCUCAGUGCAAGUCCUAUUCCAACAUGUUCUGCAUUAUUAACACCCAUGUCCCUAGUGGCAGAUCCAUUUCCACUCGAAACAUUAACCACUCAGUUAGGAACUGCUCCCCCUAACUCAGCAUUAACGACUUUAACCUCCAAGCCACCUUUUGUUACUUCUGAGCUGCCCAUAGGGAUUGGGAAGAGUAGGAGUCCUUCAGUAAGUCAUUCUAAGGGAGCAGCAGUAUCCUCUGAAGUGUCUUUGCCUGCUUUGCUGGCUGGCAGAGCAACUGUCACAAGACCUGUAUUUCUCCUAGGUUCACAGCUGACACUAAGCACACCAACUUCUCCUAUAUCUAGUUUGUCUGUUAGAACUAGGUCUGGCACUGGUCAAACUGCAGUUCGCCCAACACCCUUUCCUGCACUGACUUCAACUGCUCCUCAUAUUCCUAUGACUACUAGAUUUGCAAGCCUGGAGACAAGUUUUCCUCAAUUAAUCACAGUUUCAUAUUUUGAAACAGCUAAACUCUUGUCUAAAACUUCUCUGAUAUCAUUAAAUGCAAGUUCUUUAACUAGUUUUUUUCCAAAGCCAUUUCUAUCUUCAGUGGAAAUUCCAGUGACUGUUCCCAAGCAGACAUCUCCAUUAGUAAAAGGCAGUGUUUCUGCUGCUCUGCCCAUAAGGAGUACCACUCAUAUCUCUACUGUUUCUCUAGGAAAACAGAGUUCUUCGGUAAGUUCUUCAGAAGAAGAUGGAACAAUAUCAGCCAUAUCAGCUGGAAUCAUCACUGAAUCCACUACACCAUUGAUCAUGAACACUACAGGGAACACUACAUCCUUAAAAGCACCUUCUGUUUUUGCAAAAAUACUGCCUAGCUCUUCAGCCAGUUUGCUAGUUGCUUCUGGCACUACUGUAGUCUCUAGGAUUACUACAAAAACCACUGAUUCUUUUGUUGCCAAUUUGGAGUUUUAUAUGGCUUCAGCUUCAGUUCCUACCACCACAGAAACACCUGUGCCUGUGUCACACAAAUUUUUAUUUACAUCUGCAGUGACUCAAGCCUCACAGAGUGCUAAAGAAACUCCCAAAAUUAUGAUCAUGAAAACAACUGGUACUACAAGUCCAUUAUCACAGAUGAAGAGUACCUCAUUUACAGCUUCAGAAGUUAAAUAUGCAACCUCAUUUGAAAGAACUGUGGAUGGUUUUGAAAGUGGCCAGACUUCACAUGAGGAGAGAAAUGAUACCAAGACAAAGUCACCCACAACUGAGAAGUCUUCCUUGCCUUAUUUGACAGUAACUGCAGUUCAGAGUGUGGCUUUUUCAAGAAAUACCACCUCAGUAAAAAAUCUCUCUCUUUCUGGAGUCCCAGAUGUAACAGCAUCAGAUUGGUCCAAAAUCCCAACACAGAAAAAUAUUAAACCUUAUUUCAGUUUAUCAGAGCCCACAGAACUGCAGACCAGAACUAUAAUAGAUUUAUCUCAUUCUAGUGGUGGAAUGGUGCUGACUUCCUCUUCAGAGUCUGUGGAAACACAAACUUCUCUGGCAAGCGCAGAAAGAACGACAGCUGUAGCUGACAAGGCUUCCUUUGAUACAAUGAUACAUGCACUGAUGUCUACAUCUUCUGAAUGUGUGCCCAGAUACCUUGAACCUGUCGACAAAUGUAGCCAAUAUGUGUGUGUUAAUAUGGGUUGGAUGUUAUACAACCUUUCAAGGAACUGCCCUAAGGAUGUGCAGAAGCCAGACUGUGGAUUUCGAGGAAUGCCAGUUCAAGUUAAUACUGAUAGUUGUUGCCCAGAAUGGGAAUGUCCCUGUCAAUGUUCUGUACUGUCUGAACUGAGUGUUAUUACAUUUGAUGGAAACAACAUAGCUCUCUGUAAUAUGGCUUCCUACAUUUUAGUCAAGUUACCAGCAGAAAUUAUUGUUGCUCAUAUUGAAAAAUGUCCUGCUAAUCAGAGUGCAAAUUCAAUAAGAAAUCUAGUUCCCCCUGCAAGCACUUCAGGACUCUGUUUUAAGAAAUUAAAUGUAACAACACACACAUAUAAAUUACUUAUCAAUCGUUUAGCAAGAAAAGUAGUAGUGGAUUCUGUAGUUCAAUCAUUACCAUUUUCAAAAGAAGGACUCAGUAUUCAGGAUACUGGUGCAAUGUACGUCAUUAAUACCCCAGCUGGCAUUAGCAUCAAGUGGGCUCACAUUACAGGCAUCAUAGAUAUACAGUAUGGAUUACAUUCUAACACAUCAAUGAAGACAGAAGGACUUUGUGGGGUGUGUAAUGGAGACCCUACUGAUGACCUGAAAAUGCAAAACAAGACAAUAAUUACAAAUAUGGAGGAAAUCGAACUGUUCAUUAAGAGCUGGGAAAUUGAGAAAUCACUUGAUGUAACAACCAGGAGGCCAGUAAGAAACUGUACUGAAGAUAACUGCACAUACUGUAUGGAACUGUUAAACAGAAGCAUUUUCAUCCCUUGUCACAAGAAAGUGUCACCACAGGAGUUUUGUGAGAAGAUGUGGAUCAACAGUACUUUUUUUUGGAAUUACGAGUGUGAUGCUCUUUCUGCAUAUGUGGCUUUAUGCAACAAGUUCAACAUCUGCAUUAAAUGGAGGACACCUGAUUACUGUUCACUGAGUUGUCCUGAGGGCAAGGAAUACCAGCCUUGUGUGCAACCCUGUGAAGCCAAGACGUGCUUGAAUAAAUGGUUUUAUGAAGAUUCUCCCUGUUUCUAUCUAAGGGAAGACUGUGUGUGUAAAAAUGGCACUAUUCUCCAUAGAACAGACUCUGGCCUCUGUAUACCAGAAGAAAAAUGUACGUGUACAGAUAACAAAGGACAACCCCGCUCUGCUGGGGAGAUCUGGAAUGGGUCCAUGAGAAGCUGUUGCAUGUACAACUGUUUAGAAAAUGGAAGCAUUGUUGCUGUAGAACCUGAAUGCAACGAGGAUCCACCCCCACUCUGUGAAAGAGAAGGGGAAGUUAUCGUCCAUGUCAUUGAAGAGAGCGCUUGCUGCCCAAAGAAAAUUUGCGAAUGUAACAUGUCAUUGUGUGAUGCCAUUAUUCCAACAUGCAAACCCAAUGAAAAAUUAGUGGUAGGCUACCACCCCCUAUCCUGCUGUCCACAGUACCGAUGUGAAUGUGAUCCUUCAGUUUGUUUCAAUGCUUCCCAGCUGGACUGCAGAGAAGAUCAAUUUAUUGUUGAAGCAAAACAGGAAGAUCCCUGUUGUUUCUCUUAUCUCUGUGUUUGUGAAUCCUGUAUUGAGCCUGUUCCCUUGUGUAAUGAAGGGGAAAUUCUCACUGUGGAUCUUAAUACCAUACAUUACUGUUGUCCUCAUUACUACUGCAUUUGCGAUGAAAAUCUUUGUUCUGAGCCUCCUAUGAACUGCACAGAUGACAUGACGCUUGUGAAGGAAAAAAUACCUGGGCAUUGUUGUCCAGAAUGGCACUGUGAAUGUAGCUGUGAAAACACUACUACGCUGACCUGUAAAUUGGGAGAAGUUAAAAAAAUAGAUAGUAGUGUUUCCAGUGCUUGUGGAUGCACUCACUACAUUUGCGAGAAAGAUGAUGUGUGCAUCUUCCAAGAGGUCACAGUACUGAAUCCUGGACAGUCAGUGAUUCAGUAUUUGGAUGGAGACCUUUGUUACACUGUGCAGUGUUUGCAAGAAAAAGAUCAGAACACAGGAUACAAUGCCAUGCAUUUCACAAUGGUGAACUGUUCCCAGCAAUGUGAAGCUCAUCAAAUAUAUAUUCCUUCCUCCAGUCACUAUACUUGUUGUGGUACCUGUCAAAACGUGUCCUGUUCUUUUCAUACUGAGAAUGGAACACUAAUUGUGUAUGAGGAAGGAAGCACCUGGAGCUCCAACUGCACUAACUACAAGUGCACAAAGACUGCUGCGGGGGCUAUCAUACUGGGAUCAAGUGUUGUCUGUCCCCCUUUUAAUGACACGGAGUGUACCAAGAAUGGAGGAAUUGUGCAGAUGUAUAAUGAUGGCUGCUGCAAGACCUGCAAAAAGGAAGAAAGAAUUUGCCAGAAAAUGACAAUCAGGACUACCAUAAGAAAAAAAGACUGUAUAAGUCAAAGCCCGAUAAAUGUGGCUUCUUGUGAUGGAAAAUGCCCGUCUGCAACAAUCUUCAAUGUCAAUAUUGAUAGCCAUUUAAGAUUCUGUAAAUGUUGUCGAGAAAAUGGAACACGUAAUCUAACCGUGCCACUACGCUGCUCAGGAAAUGGCACUGAAAUUAUGUAUGUCAUUCAAGAGCCUAUAGAUUGCUCAUGCCAAUGGAACUGAACAUUACUGUGGGUACAAUUUAAUCUGAAGAAUUAAAAUGAGUUUCCUUUCACCAGACUAUUUUCUGACCUUGGAUGGCUAUAGUACUCUGUGGGGCGGGGAGUGGGGGAGAAAAUGUCCUCAAUUAUGCUUUAUAACGUAACUUUUCACAAAUUGAGUAGAGAUGAUGUUGUUCAUUGUUCUUCAGAUUUUCUUCGUAAACAUUGGCAUGUCCAGAAAGAAAAGUAUAAAUCCUUUGAACAAGGUAUAAUUUAGCCAUCAUUUAUUUCUACUCAGUUGCUUUCUGAUGAACAGUUGAAAGCUGGUUAAUGUCUGUGUUUCCAGUGUUUUUUAAAAUUUUGAAUUGUGGCUACCUAUCAAAGUUCAGAAUUUCUCAGUGGUUCUUUUCCUUUUACUUAGAAACUUCCAGCUGAGAACCACCACUUGUCCCAUGUCUAAAUGGGAAAGAAGCAUUGAGAAUGACUGAAUUAAUUUAUUAAAAAAAUAGUGGGUUCAACUGAAACAUUUUUUUACCUUGCUGGAAGCUCUAUCUUUUGUCCAUUAAGCUAAUGUCAAUGACUAAACUCUGCUUACACUGUAAGUCACUGAAAAACACAAUUAUGGUCUGUAAGUACCUGCAGUAAAUCUCCAGAGUAUAUAAUAGAAUCAUAACACUAUCUUUAAGCCUUAGACAUUUAUUUCAUUUUUAUAUAUACUAUAAAUAUGAAGCAUGACUAGGCAAAGGCUGAAGAGUUCAAGCUUUUGUGCCUUUAUUAAGAAUAUCUAAAAGCUGAUUCUCAUAUGAAGGAUUCUAUUUUAUACCCAUUUUUCUAUUUCCACAAAUAAGAAAUUGUCCAUCUACUAGCUGUAGAUUAAGAUUCUAUGUAUGUAUGUAUUUAUUAAAAACACCCAUCCUGGUAUCCUACUGCACAUUUCAACUAUUCAUAAUGGGCUUAUUCCUCUGUUUUCCAGUUUGAAGAUUUGUGUUCAGUGUAUUUUUGUAAAACACAUUAAAAUUAUUCAGAUUUUUUUUAAAUAUUGACAUUUGGAACAAGUGACUGAAUUUAGGAUUUGUAAUUUUUGAGUCCAGGAGAAAAAAAUCCAGAUAAAAUACGUUUUGAAGAGCUUCGGUGAGCUAUUCAUCUUCAAUCAAGCUGUGACUAUCCAUGAUUCAGCACCUUAAGCUGAAUAUACCCUCCCUUUUAUUAAGCAUACUACAUAACCUUAUAUUAAAAAUAAGAAUACAAUUUUAGGCUUGUUUUUAGAAGAUUGCUUUAUAAACCUUCUGAAUGUAACUGGUUUAAAUAAUGGCAGUAUUUUCCUUAUAACGGAAAUUGUUUCAGAAUUAAGAUUAUCUAAAAGUCAGAAAACAUUUUGACAAGCAGUUUUUAUUUGAAGCUGUCAUCAUUUAAUUACAAAAAGGUCAGAUUAUCACAUUGGUUUAUACAAUGAAAGAUACACAAUACAAAAGUUAGAAAAAACCUUAAAAUCCAAAGCAAUUUUGCUACUUUGUAUGACAAAUCUUUAACGUUUGCUGUACUCCAUUUGAUGGCUUA